AUGAACCAACUUGCGGAAAAGCUUCAAUCAUCGCUCUUGUUCGCCCGUACCGCCACGCGCUUCCUCUCGCGUCUCUCACUCUACACUUUCCGUCUCUGCAAAUCCCUCUUCUCCAAAACCCUAACCCUAACCGCUCUCUCCUCUUCUCCGUCUUCUUUGUCAAUGGACGACGACGACAACAACAACAUCAACAGCAGCGGCAAUCUUUUCUCCAACGACGACGAUCGUCUCUUCGAUUUCGAUUUUAACCCUAGCUCCUCCCGCCAAAAUGAUUUCAACAAUUAUUCUCCGAGUAGUUAUAUUAAUAAUCCCGCUUUUCUUGACGACGAUGACCGCCUCAAGCUCUACCUUGUUCCGUACAGGUGGUGGAAGGAGGCACAACAACAACUUGUUGCUGAUCAAAUAGGAGGAGGUGGUGUUUUGUAUCAAGUUUCAUCUAACAAUGGCACUGAUAACUCCCAGAUUGUGCUCGAGUUGAAGAAGCUAGAGGUGUUUCAGGAGAGUGGCAAUGGGAAUGAAGAAGGUUCUUUGGGCCGUGAGUAUGCUUUGCUACCUGAAGGGAUGUGGCUGCGUGCUCUUAAAUGGCAUAUUGAUUUUAAAGCAGCAUCGGGGGAUGUUGGGAGCCCUUCUGUUGUGGGCAGUCAUUUGCAGGAUAUGUUUCCAUUACAAAUUAGGCUUUCUGUUCUGCUGGAAACAAAUUCAUUGGCAGUUAAGAUCAGCUUAAAGGACAAUGAGGUUGGUCUUUACAAGAGAGCCUGCAAUCUAUUCAUUUCCGUGUCCCAACAGCUCUUUAUUCGGGACUUCUCAGGGCAUACAACUCAGUUUUUUAUGAAUGAUAGAGUCAAUUUGUCGAAUGAUUUCUCAGGACAAAGUGAAGAGAUUCUCCUUGAAUUGCAAGUCCAUGGGUUUUCAGAUUCUAUGAAGGAGACCAGCAAUGACAUGAUAGAACAUUCCAAGACAAACGAUUCUUUCUGUAAUGGUUCAUUUAAGAUGAAUGGCAGCAAUGAUAACCUGAACCCUUAUACAACACCUUCGAACUCCUUAAUUUGUGGAAGUGGCUAUGGAGGAUUUAGUUUUUUGGGGUUGACGGGAUUACAGAAUCUUGGAAAUACUUGUUUCAUGAAUAGUGCAAUUCAGUGCUUGGCUCACACCCCAGAGCUUGUUGAUUACUUCCUUGGGGACUACCAAAAAGAGAUUAAUCAUGAUAAUCCGUUGGGGUUAAAGGGUGAACUUGCUUUGGCAUUUGGAGAUCUAGUAAGAAAAAUAUGGUCUCCCAGAGCAAUGCCAGUGACUCCAAGAAUGUUCAAGUUAAAACUUGCUAAUUUUGCACCUCAAUUCAGUGGCUAUAAUCAGCAUGAUUCUCAGGAAUUCCUUGCUUUUUUGUUGGAUGGACUCCAUGAAGAUCUGAAUCGAGUUAAAUGCAAGCCAUACAUAGAAGCUAAGGAUACCGAGGGAUGCCCAGAAAAAGAAGUAGCUGAAGAAUAUUGGCGAAAUCACCGGGCUCGAAAUGACUCCAUCAUAGUUGAUUUAUGCCAAGGUCAGUACCGGUCAAUGUUGGUCUGCCCUAAUUGCAAGAAGGUUUCUGUCACAUUUGAUCCACUCAUGUACCUGUCACUACCUUUACCUUCCACAACAAUGCGGACUAUGACUGUGACAGUUUUUAGCAGUGAUGGAAGUACAUUGCCUAUUCCGUUCACCGUCACUGUGCCAAAGUAUGGGAGAACUAAGGAUCUUAUUGAAGCCUUGAGUAUUUCAUGUUCGUUAAGAGAUGAUGAAACUCUCGUGGUGGCUGAGAUAUUCAAAAAUCAAAUUUUUCGUUUCCUGGAGGAGCCAUCUGAUUCUUUGGCCUUGAUAAGAGAUGAAGACAGACUUGUGGCUUAUCGAUUACUGAGAGAUAGUGAAGCAUCCCCCUUGAUUGUGUUCAUGCAUCAAAAGGAGUUAAAGCUUUACGAUUUUGGGAGGUCAACUUUGGAUCUGGUACAGUUUGGCACACCCCUUGUAGCAAGGUUGUCUGAUCUUACCAAUGGAUCUGAGAUCUGUAAAGUGUUUCUGAAAUUACUUAAUCCAUUUUUAAUGCCUGUGGAAGAUGUAUUAAUUGACUUGGAUGAUGCGGGGAAUAUGGAUAAUGAAGAUACAGCAGCGGAAGAUUUUAGUAGCCCAACAAUCUUGGAUAAUGAUGCAGGCUCAGAUAGUGAAAUAGGAGAUGAAUUACUUUUGAGUCCUGACUUUCAAUUCUACUAUAUGGGUGUACAAGAACAAACAGAGAUAAAAAUGAAUGAGCCCAUAUCGAUCUCAGAGUCCAACAGGCCGUUGAAUAUCCUUGUUAACUGGUCAGAUAAGAUGAUUGAAAAAUAUGAUACACAUCUUCUCGGCUCAUUGCUGAACGUUUUCAAGCCCCAGUUGUGCACCAGGAAGCCUCAAGAGUCUGUUUCUCUAUACAAAUGCCUAGAAGCCUUCUUGAAGGAGGAGCCCCUGGGACCAGAAGACAUGUGGUAUUGCCCCAAAUGCCAGAAGCAUCGGCAAGCCAGCAAAAAAUUAGAUCUUUGGAGAUUGCCUGACAUUUUGGUUAUUCAUUUAAAGAGGUUCUCAUACAGUCGGUAUCUUAAGAGCAAGCUGGAAACAUAUGUUGAUUUUCCAAUCGAUGAUCUUGAUCUCUCAACUUACAUUUCCCAUAAAGACAGCCAAUUAUCUCAUCGCUAUGUCCUGUAUGCAAUAAGUAACCACUACGGAGGCCUGGGAGGUGGUCACUACACUGCAUUUGUUGAUCUUGGGCAUAAGAGGUGGUUUGAGUUUGACGAUGACAAGGUUUACCCUGUCAGCGAAGAGCAGCUUAAGACAUCAGCAGCUUAUGUUCUUUUCUAUAGGCGAAUCCCGGAUGUCUAACAUAACAAUAGUUGUAUAGUUGUUACCCAAUUUGGAAAUCAAGACACAGAUUAACAAUUACCGUCCUCACCAAGCAGAAAUCGGCAACAGAGAGGAAAGAAAUACUUUUAAACACUGUACAGUUUCGAAAGAUGUGGCAGUAAAAUAGUACAGGCAAAUACUUCAUCUUACAUGUUGAAAUUCCUAUCAAUUUUUUCACAAUGGGGGCUGCUUCACCCUCCUGUAUAUAUAGGCUUUUGCCAUCACCUCUGUGCUUUUAUAAACUCUUCACAAUUUUUACAUCGUCGUAAAUAUUUGGUAACGCAGAAGGUAAAUUAAUAGUGAAGGUAGAGAAGGUUUUCUGUGGGACAGACGUAUUACAGUCUAUCCAAUUAUGAUAUAAUAUGAGAGUAUACUUUUGUCA